AUGGGAGAGACCUGGCCCGAGUCCCGCUCUCCUCCUCCCGCAGCCCCACCUCCCCGGCCCUUAACUCCCCGCCAGGCCAGCGGGGCACCCUCCGUCCCCAUCCCUGUCCCUGUCCCUGUCCCCACGAUGCUCCGGGUGCUGCUGCUCUGCGGGGCCCUGGGCUGCGGUGCGGGCCAGGCAGUCCCACUCACCUUCACCAUGUUGCAAUGGACCCGCGUCUCCGACGGCAGCUCCGUCUUCUGGGGGAACGCCAGCCUGGACGGGCAGCUCAGCCACCUCCUGGAGGGGUUUAAUGUCACCCAGAUGCUGCCGCUGGAGCCCCCUGACGCCUGGGCCAGGCGGCAGCAGGAUGUGGACACCUACCUGCAGCUCUUCAGCCAGCUGGUGAAGUUCUUCAGCAAGGAGAGGCCCAUCAACUACACCCAGAGCUUGUGCUGCCACCUGGGCUGUCAGCUCUUCCCCAACGGCACGGCCCACAGCUUCUACGAGGUGACCCUCAAUGGGACAGCUUUCCUCAGCUUCCACGUCCCCAGCGCCACCUGGAAGCAGCGCUGGCCCGGCAGGGACGCGGUGGCCACCUUUGCCGAGAAGGAGCUGAUGAAGUACACCAGGACCACCCAGGACCUCCAGCAUUUCCUCAACACCACCUGCGUUGGCAUCCUGCAGGCUCAGAGCGCCAGGACAGGAAAACAGAGCAGCCGGUCGCAUGCCCCACUGGUGCUGGGCCUGAUCCUGGGGGCCUUCGCCUUGCUGGGCAUCGCUGUGGGGAUCUUCUUGUGCACAGGAGGGAGCUGCUAGCGGAGCCGUCAGCCAUCCCACGUCACCCCAUGAAGGCAGGAGAUGGACCCAUCAUCGCCCCAUGGAGGGACCGAGCCUGUGCCCCACAAAGGAUGCAUCUCCCCAGCGCCACGAGCUUUGCUCCCAGAGGACACCGGUAGCUUCCCUGCCUGGCCCCAGCAGGGCUGACCCCCCCAGCAGCAGCACCCUGCCCCAGGGACGGUCCCUGCGCUGGGCUGGCACGGUGCGCUGAGGCUUAACACAGAAAUAUGCUUGGCAUGGAUGGAAAAAAACAAGAAGGCGGGGAGGGGGGCAAGUGGCAGGAGGAACAGUCAGGAGAGGGUUAAAAGGAUGGCACUGAGACCCUCACUAUCCCUGUGCCAGUGGGGAUAAAAACAUGGGACAGGGGGCAAGGAUGUCACACCUUUGUGGCACCGCUUCGAGAUGUCGUGCAAUAAAACCGCCCGCCAGCGCUCA